AUGGCUCGAUCCAAUAAGAUCGAAUCUCCCCGAACAACGCUGAUACCCUUCAUCUCGGCCGAAGAGGCCGACUCGAUGGCAUACCCCCCCAAUGCUCUUCCAGGUGCCCGCGAUGUAGAAUCCUUCUACGGAGCUAUGCGAGUCUAUGAAUGGGGAUCGACUAAUGGAGAGAAGGUCUUGUUUGUCCACGGAGAUGCCACACCUUGCCCACUCUUCUCCAAGAUUGCUCAAGGGCUCGUGGACGCUGGAUACCGAGUUAUGCUCUUUGAUCUCUGGGGUCGAGGAUACAGCGACACGCCGCUUGACUGUAGACAUGAUGACCGUCUGUUUGCAUCCCAGAUCCUACUAGCCCUCACGUCUUCGCCGCUCUCAUGGAUGGGAAAUGGCAGCAGCUUCUCCAUCGUAGCCUUUUCCCUAGGCGGGCCGAUCUCCUUGGCAUUCACCGGCGCCUUCCCCGAAUCAGUUCGAUCGUUGAUCCUUCUCGGGCCAGCAGGUCUUAUCCGCAAACUACCGGAUGGUUACGAAGACGAUUACGUGCUUCAACCCGAACUUGCCCCGUCACCGGAAGCUCUCCGUGAGAAAGUGCGAGAGAUCCUCGGCGCGGUCUCAUCUAGCCCGGCUUUGAACAUACAGACAGACAAGAAGCGAGUCGUCUCGUCGGAGCAGGGGCCCUCUCGAGUAGAGAAGAGUUUUAACAUGGGAGGCCUCAUCCAGUGGCAGUUCGAUCAUCAUCUAGGCCACGUUCAUUCGUUCCAGGACACGGUUCGGUACGGCCCGCUGCAGAAGAGGGAAGAUUUGUGGGGAAAAGUCUGCGAUAUUAUUGCCGGCCGAACACGACCCGACUCUGCCCUGCAUAAUACCAAGUUGCUCGUCAUCUUUGGUCGAGACGAUGAUGUUGUGGUUGGAGAGGAGACGACUGAGGAUAUCUUGAAGUUGUUACCUGCCCGUCAUCUGCAGGUUGAAUACGUACCAGGUGGGCAUGGGUUCCUGUAUCCGAACAGUGAAAAGAUCACUCAGACGAUCCUUUCAUUCCAACGUUCUAAACUUUCCAAAGUCUAG